AUGUCCUCUCGUUCCACAACGUCAACAACAAUAACUCAUUCACACACUCCUCCUCUAAAUCAUCAUCAGUCCUCUCAGACAUCCUAUGAUAUCUACGCGUAUUGUAAAAAAGGAGAUUUUCAACGAGUCAAAUCCAUGCUCAAGCCUUCCGAUUUGGAACUUGCUGAUGUUUAUGGAAAUACAUUACUAUAUUAUGCAUGUUUGUGUGGACAUUUGCAAUUGGUACAUUUCUUAUCGGAGAAAGGAGCACGUGAUGAUAAGUUUCAUCGAUGCUACAUGAAUGCCUUAUCUCUCAAUAUCCGCAAACUAUUGAAAAUUUAUAAUAAUUAUUCCAAUUUUAGUAAUAAUCUCAUCAUGAAGAAAAAAGAAGACUUGCUUGAUGAGGAAGAUCAUUUAUUACAGAUGGAAUCUUUAUCACUUCAAUCGUUCAUGGUUAAAAAAACAAAAAGAAUUCUUUUGGAAAGUGAAAGAAAUAUGGAGAGUGAUAUUACUCUAACAAUUCGAUUUUCAGAUCAACCACAAGAAACGAAUUAUUAUUGCCAUUUAUGGAUUCUUUUGGCAAGAUGGCCAUUACUCUUGUACUUUGCACUUGUUCAAGAGAGUCGACCAAUUCCAUGGACGGUUGCUAACAGUUUAAGCUAUCACGAACAAACAUUGAUCACUUUAAAAUCCAAUAAGGAAAUUGAAAAGUAUUGUUUUGGUAAUGAGGUUCUAUUUGUUCAUGAACUCAGAAAUCAAGUGAAGAAAAUCAAACAAGAAAUUGCAAUGAUUCGACAAAGAUUAGCAUACAAAAGAGCAAACGAAGAAGAAAUGCAAGCAUUACUCGAUGUCUUACCUGAAACAGAAAUGGAACUUAAAAAAUUAAUGAGUUCCAAGCUGUCACGUAUUGAUUUAGGAACUGUGAAUUUUCCAAAAAAGUGCUUUGAUAUUUUACUUGUUUGGGUAUACAGUGGAAAAUUUAUGGAUCUAACUUCUUCAAAGAAGGAAAUUCAGUAUUCUCUAUCUCAGGUGUUUGCCAUCAAAGAUUUUUUGAGUGUUGCUGAAUCUUUGAAAAUCUAUGAUGCAGUUGAUUUCUUAAAAGCCUACCAAAACAAAGUGAAGGAAGAAGAAAUUACAAAGAACAUGGCAGAUGCUUUUUUGAAAUCCAUGGAGGCGAGUUUUUUCCUUGAAUCUCACAAACCUGAAACUAAAUUGGAGUUGAUGAGAAAACUUUGCUGUGAUUUCAAAUUGAAAAUUGAAAACUAUUUGGAAGAAACUUCAUUCGUACCCACGAAUGACUCCAUUCUCUGCCACAAGGACUUUCUGACGGAACGAAGUUCGUUUUUCAAAGUGAUGAUUGAAUGCAAUUUCGAUGAAGGAGAGAAAAUUCGAGAAUUGCAAGCCCACCACGAAUUUCCUAUCUUGCACUUACAAUGUUGUAAUUUUUCAGUCUUGGAAGAAUUGUGUCGAUGUUUAUAUUCUGAAAAGAUGAAUCUGAAUGAACAAAAUGCCUUAGAGCUCUUUUCCUAUGUGCAUCGAUUGGGAAUGAGACAGGAAAUUCUUCUUGAAUGUGAACGUUAUAUUAAGAAAAUGGACAUUGAUGUGAGUGAAAUUUAUUCAUUUUGCAAAGUGUGUUUUCCACUCUUUACAAAACAAACUCGAGAUUUCUUUGAGCCAAUAUUAUUCGAGUUUUUGCAACAACAACAAGAGAUAGACAUGUAUGCAGCCUUAGAAGAAUUCGACUAUGACACACACAUCAUUGAAAUGAUUCUGACACGAAUGAACAUUCAACGCAAACAAUGA